AUGUCGACACCACAAUUCGCGACUUUCCGUCGCUUCGUCCUCACGNGGAGUAUCGCCGCCGUCACGGCAACAGGAGCCUGGUAUGGCGCCGGUCUGAAGAUGAAGCAAGACAUCAAACAGGCAGCCGAAGCAACACCCCUCCAACAAAUCACCGAACUGGAAACCUACCGCGCCAACCUCAUGCAAAAGAAAAUCAUGCUGGACAAGAAGAUUGAAGAGUUGGAG